GUCAAACCGAGCUCACCCCACUUCACCUAUGCCUGAUGCAAGUAGUAAAAGAAGUCCUGUUGAAACAAGCAUCCUUGACUACGUUUUAUCCUUUCAUGGGUCAAAUUGCAAGAAUCGAGCUUCGUUCAUAGCUCUUUUGGUCCACUCAGAACUUUUAUCGCGUGGAGCAAGACCCACAGAAGCUACCGCGCGAACUGCAGUACUUAGUUCGUCCUGUCUUGCUAAAGAUCCUAUUCGAAUAUCAUACACGUUGAUAUCUAGAACAAAGUCCGACACGUUAUCAACACCUUGCAGCCAACUGCAAGUCUCAGUAGCCGAAACAGACGCUCACAUUUUCGUUAAUGUAACAGACACAACUACCGAUAAAUUUGGACAUUUGGAACUUUCUGGAAUCGAACAUGUUUGUCUUGAUAGCGUCAAUAAUUCGACUUACGGAGAUGCUAAUACCGUAUUCCCCCAAUUAAACGAACUGCUGGACUCCUUUGAGGAAAAUCUGUGGAAACCUGUCCUCCCUCCACCUCUUUUUGGCCGUCCAUCUGAAACUGAUAAGAAUGAACCUCGACCAACCAAUGAUGAUUUCCAUAACCAACCACAAAAACCCUUUCUGGGCAAUUUCACUAGAACAGAGCCGUCAGCUGGGACACUACCGCCAGAUUAUGGACGAAGUGAUCUUGAUCCUCUAGCAAGUAUCGGAGGGCCAUCAAGAGGUGGUGGAAUGAUUUUAGACCCAAGGCGCAUCAUACCUGGUAGUCGAGUUGAUAGUGACCUUUUUCUCGGUGGUCCUGAUGUUCUUCCUUCUGGGGCAGUUCCUCCGGGGGCCCGAUUUGAUCCUUUUGGACCCGGUAUAGGACCUCUCAGACCACAUCCUUCAGGUGGUCGUCGCCAUAUUCCAGAUCCUGAUCAUGCCAUGCCUCCUGGAUUCGAUAACUUCUAUAUGUAG